UUGGGAUUAGUUUCUCCGGUCAAACCGUCAGUUAGAAAAUAUUACAAUAAUCUAAUAGUUUACGAGUAAACGUCGUCCUAUUGGGAGUCAUAGUCCAUUCACGGCGCAGCUGAAGCCUCCAGCGAAGACCGAGUGUGAGCAGAGACGCGGGCUGCUCUCUGGAGGAGUUCCCCCCCUGACUUGACAGGAUCAAGAGACUGAGGGAGUGGAUCUAAUAGGCAAACCUGACAUUGCAUCCACAUGGCAGAGAACAACUUCCCCCCGCUGCCUGGAUUCAUUCCACUAAAGCCAUGUUUCUAUCAGGACUUUGACGAGAUCCCCGAACAGCACCGCAGCAUGUGCAAGAAGAUGUACCACCUGUGGAUGUUGAACAGCGCCACACUCACUGUGAAUCUCAUUGGCUGCUUUGUUUGGAUGUUCGGUGGAGGUGGAGUGACCAACUUUGGACUGGCCAUCAUCUGGCUGCUCAUGUUCACUCCCUGCUCUUAUGUCUGUUGGUUUAGGCCCAUCUACAAGGCCUUCAAGAGUGACAGCUCCUUCAACUUCAUGCUGUUCUUCUUUGUGUUCAUGGCCCAAGUUGGAAUCAGCAUCAUCCAAAGCAUAGGCAUCCCUGGAUGGGGAGUAUGUGGGUGGCUGGCAACCAUCUCCUUCUUCAGCUAUAAUAUUUUGAUUGCACUGAUCAUGCUGGUUCCUACAAUCAUGUUCACUGCUGUGGCCUCAUUGUCCUUCAUUGCUCUCACCAGGAUCCAUAAUUCGUACCGCGGCAGUGGAGCCAGCAUGUCCAGAGCACAGGAGGAAUGGGCCACAGGAGCCUGGAAGAACCCUCAUGUUCAGGCAGUGGCCCAGGAGGCCGCCAUGGGAGCAGCUACCGGAGGCAUGCAGAGCCAGUCCUCCAGCCCACAGUAUAAUGACAACCAGAUGUAAUCUCUUAACAGCAAGAGGUGUCAAAGAAAGGAUGUGACAGUAAUGCCAAAGUUUGAGCAGGAGGGUUUCCGAAUGGUUAGAGAGUUCCCACGGUGUACUGUAAAGUUUCAGAAGAAAAAAAUAAAUAAAAAUGUAGCAUAUCUUUAGAAUUUGGUUACAGUGUCAAUCAUUUGAAACACUGUUGUCACUGGAUAAGUAAACACCUCUGAGGGGACACUGGUUUUUAAAGGGCAUACUGAUUACUUUUAAUGUUCUAUAUUAUUUCAUAAGUUUGAAAUGUUUAACUAGUUUAUUUAAAUGUGUAUUUCUGUUAGUGGCUCCAUUAUGAGAGCUCUGUGCAGUGAGUCGGUUUGUAAAAAAACCUUUUUUUGUCAUUGGGAUUUAAAUAUUUGGUAUCAGUUGAUGUAAAGAGUAUUGUUGCUGUAUAAAUGUGUAAAAAGAUGAAAGAUUAUAUCAUUUAAUAUAUUUUUAGGUUUUCUUUCAUUAUAAACUCAGGUUAAACAAAAGAUUCAUUGCGAUUGUGUGACUGUAUUUCACCUCAGCACUACUUUGUCGUGUUUCUAUGCAUAAGAUAAAUCAUGAAAAUGAAAUGUGUAAAAUGUACACUGCACAGUUUUUACAGGUCUUUAGAUGGUUUGGACACAGAAAAUGUAAUCGUCCUUGAAACUGUUUCUUUGGUAAGUUGCUGACAUUAAAAAACUAUUUAAAUUUG